CGGGGUUCCGUUUUCAGUCUGUGAGCAACUGCGUGACCUGCACGACGAUCGAGGAGCGAUCCUCGGCUUCUGGCUUCUGGCAUUCUGGACUUCAGUGAUUGAAAGACGUGAACAGUGUGAUCAAUCAGUGAGAACUGAAACUGGAAAGUGUGUGAAGAAAAUCGUACGGACACAUCGGAAGAUGGUGACUUGAAUACCUGACCUGAGACCUGAUCGGGGUGAUCGCGGAUGCUGGGAGGAGAUAGCUGAAAGAUCUGGACAAGACCAGCUGGCACCUACUUAUGGAUUGCGAAGGCGGCGGCGCAGGAGCAGAAGGAGCAGGAGUUGGAGGUUGUCGAUGGCCAAGUGGCCAAGUAGCAAGUACCAAGUACCCAGCAUCCAAGUCGCCAGAAGUUGCCGACUCACAAUGUGUGUGCGCAAAGCAAAGGCUUUAAGAAAUGCCGAAUUCCAGAAGCCGCAGUACAAUCAGUUGAAUUAAAAAACGAGCGCACAGACAGAGGACGACGUCUGGAUGGGAUUCGGAUGCGGAUUGGGGAUGUGCAUGUGGAUGUGGAUGUGGAUGGAGAUGAGUAGGGGGAGAUGGAGUCCCCUCGGCUUCCAGAGGAUCGCCGGCGAUAUCAUCGCGUGGUGAGCGCGGGCUAGGAAAUUAAGAGGACAUUGUGGCGGCAUGCGGUUAGAACUCGCAGCGGCGGCUUAAACACAAAAUCCGCGGAGGAGAUUCCUUGCGUGGCUGCGUUGUUGGUGGCUUUUGGACAGCGGACAGCUGGACGCUGCCUGUGCUGACAGAGGUCGCCCUCGUACGUAAUCGACGAGCACUGCAAAUGCUUGUGUCCUCCGCCGCCUGCGUCUUGUGCUGCGCACGUGGCCAUGUUGCAGCCGCAGCAGUCGCAACAGCAGCCGCAACAGCAGCAACUGCAACAGCAGCCGCAACAGCAGCAACUGCAACAGCAGCAACUGCAACAGCAGCAACUGCAACAGCAGCAACUGCAACUGCAGCCAGAGCCAAGCAGCAAAUCAUUGAAAUGUCGUUAGAGGCUCGAGCGGCACGCAGCUUCGAUAGUCAGCGAAACCGCAAAAUGCUUUUAAUUUCUCAAACUGAUAUGCACCCGUGCUCCCGCUUCCACUGCCGAGGAGGGGGAGGAGCAGGAGGAGGAGGAGGAGGGCAGGGCCAGAGGUUUGGUCUUUGUUUCCUUCCUUGGCUUUUCCAUACCUAAUGAUGAGGAAUUGGGGGGCAAGGUUCACAGCACUAGAUUCGAGCAGAAAGCAUCACAAAGAAGUAUUUAGUACAGUAGUCAGCGGCUAAUUUCAUUUGUAUAAUAAGCAUGCACACAAAUAAAGCUGAAGUAAUGUAUCUUGAAUAAAGUUUUGAAAUAAACACGA